UUUAGGUAUAUUUCCUUGUUCUUCUUGUGGGGCGAGAAGAAGACCCUGAUUUCCUCCUUCUCGCCCCUAAUUCAUCCUUCUUUUCCAUCGCAUUCUUGCUGUGCUACGGUGCUGUGUACUUUCUUGCUAGGUCGCGAGAGAGAAAGCUCCAUUCUCCAUGCGCUCUUCCUCUGGAAUGCUUCUCUCUUUUCCUCCGAUGAGCUGAAAUCUCCGGAUCGUCGCUUUUCUCUCUUUUUUACUCGCUCGGCAAAGUGCCAUGGAGUGUCAGGACGGAGGCCUGUUUUGCACCGAGGAGAUGAUCGGCAGCCCCUGGAGCGGCGACUCUGCCGAGGUUUUGGACGAAAGCCCCGACAAUGCCGAUCUUGCGGCCCUCACAGAUUUCCCCCCAAGAGACGAUGCGGCUCUCCAGAGCGUUGUUUCGAGAGAAAGGAGCCAAACGCUCGGCGAUGGAUAUCUUCUUGCGCUGCAGCGCGAUGCGUCUGUGCUGCACGCUAGGGCCGUGGCCGUGAAUUGGAUGCUCAAGGUUCGCAAUGUCUAUGCUUUCAGCCCCAUGACGGCCGCCCUGGCCUCGAGCUACUUAGAUCGGUAUCUAUCCAGGCAUCUUCCAAAGUCGCUCAAGGCUUGGGCGAUACAACUUCUCUCCAUUGCCUGCAUUUCUCUUGCCGCGAAGAUGGAAGAGAUCGUCGUGCCUUGUCUGCCAGAUUUGCAAGUCGAGGGGCUGGAGCACGUCUUCGAGGCGAAAACAAUCCAAAGAAUGGAGCUGGUGGUGCUGAAAACGCUGGACUGGCGCAUGUGUGGUGUGACAGCGUUCGAAUACGUGGAUGAUCUGCUCUACAGGCUCGAUAUCUCCAAGCAUCUCAAGGCAUCGAUUCUGGCACGAAUUACUGAGCUCAUUCUGGGGACCCUCUCAGAGCCCGAGUUCUUGGUGUUCCGGCCAUCGGCGAUCGCUCUUGCGGCAUUUAGCUGCGCGCUGGAUGAGAUUGUACCCCUCAAGGCCGCGACGUAUCAACGCGUGCUGCUCAUGGCGCUCCCAACGGACCAGGCAACUCUACACCAGUGCUACAGGCUGAUCGAGGACCUCAUCAUCGAUCCAGUGUGCCCCGGGGUGUCACUCGGCCAGACCUUUGGAAGCUCCAAGUCGCCACCUAGUCCGAUGACGGUGAUCGACCUCUACCAGGCGGGCGGCGGCGGCGGCAGCAGCAGCAUGGAUUGGUGCGGGAGCCAAGUGAAUCUCAAAAAGAGGAGAAUUGAAGUGGAGAGCCAGUCGGUGCGGAAGAAGCUAUCGUCGUCAAUGGCGAACAGCGGUGAUCAUUCGGUGUGGGAUCUCUUCUAAAAGCGGAAGCAAGAGGAGAGGUAUUACUAUUAGUACUGGCAGCGGGUCCAGGCGGAGCUCCAUCCAGUCCAACAGCAGUUUGGAUCGGCCAGUUGGUCUAGCAAGCAGCAGCAGCAAAUUCCAGCAGUGGUUUUCCUGGACCACGGCCGAUCAG